GCUUCCUUUAUUUUUGAAGCGCAGUUCGUUUCUGUGAGCAUAAAGUUUGUUAAAAGUUUGGAUCCUGGAAGUCACAAUGAAGAUCCUGAUGAUCCUGUUUCUCCUGGGAGUACAGGAGGCGGCGGCAGUGAUCCACUCUCUGAAGUUUUUAUCAACUGCAUCCUCUGGAGUCCCAAACCUCCCAGAGUUUGUGGGUGUUGGGAUGGUUGAUGAUGUUCAGAUAGGUCACUAUGACAGGGACACGCAGAAAGCAGAGCCCACACAGGACUGGGCGGUCAAACUCAAAGAAGAUCAUCCACAGGAGUGGGAGGGUCGGACUGCAUUUGCUCUGGUUCACCAGCAGGAGUUAAAAGCAGGCUUUGAAGGUGUAAAGCAGCUCUUCAACCACACUGAAGGUGUUCACUCUUAUCAGGAGAUCUCUGGCUGUGACUGGGAUGAAGAGACUGAUGAGCUGAAUGGAUUUAUUCAGGUCGGUUAUGAUGGAGAGGACUUCAUAUCAUUUGACCUGAAGACAGAGACGUGGAUCGCUUCUAAUCAGCAGGCUGUCAUCAUAAAAACCAAGUUGGACAGUGACAAAGCUGGCAAUGCAGAGGCGAAGACCUUCCUCACCCAGAUCUUUCCUGAGAUGCUCAAGGUGCUCCUGAACUAUGGGAGGAGCUCUCUGAUGAGAACAGUUCUUCCCUCAGUGUCUCUCCUCCAGAGGUCUUCCUCCUCUCCCAUCACCUGCCACUCUACAGGUUUCUAUCCUCACAGAGCUGAGCUGGUCUGGAAGAAAGAUGGAGAGGAGCUUCAUGAAGGUGUGCACAAAGGAGAGAUCCUCCCCAACCAUGAUGGGACCUUCCAGAUGAGUGUUGAUCUGGACCUUUCAGCAGUUGGAUCUGAAAACUGGGACAGGUACAGCUGUGUGUUUCAGCUCUCAGGUGUGAACAAGGACAUCACCACCAAACUGGACAAAGCAGAAAUCAGGAGCAAUGAAGGAGGUUCCCUCUCUGUGAUCAUUGCUGUGGUUGUUGCUGUUGUCGUUCUCGCUGCCGUCGCUGUGAUCGGAUUCAUUAUUUACAAAAAGAGAACAGACAAACGUUCCCCGCCUUCUGUGGAGAACCCUGAAGUUCAGGAACAAAUGGUUCCUACAGCCUGAAGGACCAACAGCUCCUCUGCACUCAGUUUAUGGAUAAAUGCACUCAAACAAGAGGCGGAGCCUAAAUUGGAACCUCAUGGAUUAUUCAUGAAAUGAUGGAACUUUAGGGAAUCUGGUCGUAGAUGAUUAUUAAUCAAUAUUUAACUUUGAACAUGAGUCACAAAUGUUUAACAAAAACAUCAUAACUGGAUCAUUUCUGUGCCCGUGUGGAGAAAAAAAAUUAAUAACAUAAAAUAAGAGAUUAAUAACAAUUAAUGGUUAAAUGCAGAGUGGAGUAUAAACAAAGUAAAUAAGGUGAAUGAAAAGAAACAAUCUAAUGUGGGAACC